AUGGCGGACAACGACAAUGCCAUCAAUGAAGUCUACCGCAAGAUCGAGCGCGAAAAGGCUCUUAUCAAUGCCGCCAGCCACAUGCGCCAGUCCACCAACAAUACUGCCGUGCAAGCCCGUGUGGACAGCAACAUCCGAGAUUCCAGAAGAAAUAUCGGCUAUCUAGAAGAGAAGCUGGAAGAACUGCAGCUCCGAAAAAUGGGCAGAGACAACGACGGCGCCCCUCCCCCACCUGCUCAUGGAGGUAGAGGGCCCGCCGGUAGUGGUCCUCCUCCGCCACCCAAAGACCCUCAUCUCUACCCCAGCGACAGAGGCGACUAUGGCGACCCUGGCCCCGGAGGCUACAGUCAAGGCAAUACUGGCAUGAUGCCUCCAAGAGCACCGUAUGGGGAUCCCCGCCAGAACGCUCCCAUUCCAAAGCCUCGUCCAAAUUUCUCUAAGCUAGACCUGAUCAAAUAUGAUACGCCAUACCUUGGGCCGAAGAUUCAGCAGAUGCUGUCCCAACUGGAAUUCAAGCUGUCGGUCGAAAAGCAGUAUAAAGCCGGUAUCGAAAAAAUGGUCCGCUUGUAUCAGGAUGAGGGAGAUCGUAAGAGCAGAUCAGAUGCCGAGGGCCGACGAAUCGAAAGCAACCAGAAGGUCCAGCUCCUCAAGCAAGCUCUGAAGAAGUACACCGAUCUGCACGUAGACAUUGACUCUGCAGAUGGAGGUGAUGACGACAGCCUUAAUGCACCCAACAUGAGAAAACCACUCACAGGUCUCCUUGAGAUGCGCAUCCAUGCGAUCAAAGACGUUGACCAUGCCUCCACUUCCCGAUUCUCUCGUGGACCCGAAACUUUUGUUAUCAUGAAGGUUGAGGACAAUGUUCGUGCAAAGACGAGAGCGACUCGCACCGACCGCUGGACAGAGGAGACCUUCAAUGUCGAUAUCGACAAAGCCAAUGAGAUUGAGCUGACCGUGUACGACAAAUCUGGCGAUAGGCCCAUUCCGAUUGGAUUCUUGUGGAUCAGAAUUUCCGAUAUUGCGGAAGAGAUGCGUCGCAAAAAGAUUGAAUCUGAAUUCCAACAGCAAGGCUGGGUUUCAGCAGACAAGAUGUCCAACGGCGGCGGCGGAAUGGGUCCUGGCGGCAAGCCGGUUCCAGAGUUUCAACCUCCGCCCGCAUCGCCGUUCAUGCCUCCAGGCGAUGGAGCCGCUGCUGGGACUAUGUCUGGCAUUCCUCAGCAGCCUCCUCAGCCACCUGCUGUGUACAUUGACUCUUGGUUUUCCUUGGAGCCCGCGGGUAGAAUCCACUUGACCAUGAGCUUCCAAAAGCAGACCGGUGGCCGACGGCCGUACGAUUUGGGACUUAACCGUCAAGGUGCUGUGCGCCAGAAGAAGGAAGAGGUUGUGGAGAAACAAGGCCACAAGUUUGUCAAGCAACAGUUCUACAACGUCAUGCGCUGUGCGCUAUGCGGCGACUUCCUUAAGUAUUCCGCUGGUAUGCAGUGCACAGACUGCAAGUAUACCUGCCAUACCAAGUGCUACCCGAAAGUCGUCACGAAGUGCAUUAGCAAGGCCAACUACGAGACGGAUCCGGACGAGGAGAAGAUCAACCAUCGUAUCCCUCAUCGCUUCGAUAACUUCUCCAACAUUGGUGCUAACUGGUGCUGCCACUGUGGUUACCUGCUUCCUCUUGGUCGCAAAAAUGCGAAGAAGUGCACAGAGUGUGGUUUGACAUGUCACGCAGGAUGCCAGCAUCUUGUUCCUGAUUUCUGCGGUAUGUCUAUGAUUGUGGCUAAUGAGAUUCUGGAGACUAUUCAACGUACCAAGAACCACAACAAAACCUCCUCUGUUAGCUCGGGCAUGAGCGGACGGACUUUACGACCACAGUCUGGCAGGCCUGGCCCACAGUCACCGACUCAGAGCUUCAAUUCAGAGUCAACUACCCUAUCCCCUCAACAGACUCAGCAGUACGACCAGCCUCCUUCCGUGGCAGCGGUAAGUGCCGCGCAAAACAUUUACAGUCAGCCACCAGGCGCACAACAACCACGACCCCAGGAGCGACCGCCACAGGUCCGAACCACCUCGGCUGCUGCUGUACAGGCGGCCGCGGCUGCAAGUGGCAUGCGUCCUACCUCUCAACCAUACGACAGAACCGCCUCUGACUAUGGUCCAACCAGGCCACAGGACCGAUAUGCCAACGCUCGUCCACCUGCAGCGGAAGCCAAUCCUCCCCCCGCACAUGCCUCGUAUGAUCCACGUGCGUAUGACCAUUAUACAAGGUCUCAACAGCAAGCGCAACAGCAGCAGAUGCAGCAACAAGCAGCUCCACUGACGCCGCAUACACCCCCGCAGCAGCAUCAACAGCCACCCCAGCAAAGACCACAGCAGCCACCGCCUCAACAGCAUCAGCCACCUCAACAGUAUCCCACUUCACCUGUCAAGCAACCUCCAUCCCAACAAGUCGCUCGCAAGGACCAACAAGGACUGCCUACUGGUCGCGGCCCAGGCCCACGUAUUGGGCUCGACCAUUUCAACUUCCUUGCCGUGCUCGGAAAGGGUAACUUUGGUAAGGUCAUGCUUGCUGAAGCCAAGAACUCCAAAAAGCUCUACGCCAUCAAAGUACUGAAGAAAGAGUUCAUCAUCGAAAACGACGAAGUUGAGUCUACUAAGUCGGAGAAGCGCGUCUUCCUCAUUGCCAACAAGGAACGUCACCCCUUCCUCCUUAACCUGCAUGCCUGCUUCCAGACCGAGACUCGCGUCUACUUUGUCAUGGAGUAUAUUUCCGGUGGUGAUCUCAUGCUGCACAUCCAGCGUGGUCAGUUUGGGCUCAAGCGCGCGCAAUUUUACGCCGCCGAGGUGUGCCUCGCGCUCAAAUACUUUCACGAGAAUGGAGUCAUCUAUCGUGACUUGAAACUCGACAAUAUUCUCCUCACUCUUGACGGGCAUAUCAAGAUUGCGGAUUAUGGGCUGUGUAAGGAGAAUAUGUGGUUCGGGUCUACGACCAGCACUUUCUGCGGCACGCCGGAAUUCAUGGCUCCGGAGAUUCUAUUGGACAAGAAGUAUGGCCGCGCUGUCGACUGGUGGGCUUUCGGAGUAUUGAUCUACCAGAUGCUGUUGCAGCAGAGUCCGUUCCGCGGAGAGGAUGAGGACGAAAUCUACGAUGCCAUCCUGGCCGAUGAGCCGUUGUACCCAAUCCACAUGCCUAGGGACAGUGUGUCGAUACUGCAGAAGUUGCUAACGAGAGAGCCGGAUCUUCGUCUUGGUAGCGGCCCCGGAGACGCUCAGGAGAUCAUGUCACACGCUUUCUUCAAAGGCGUCAAUUGGGAUGAUGUCUAUCACAAGCGUCUGCCGACGCCGUUCAAACCCGCCAUCAAGGACGCGAAGGAUACGAGUAACUUUGAUUCAGAGUUCACCAGUGUCACGCCGGUCUUGACGCCUGUACAGAGUGGUAAGCAGAACCCCUUCCUUAGGUCUGAAUGUGUCACUAACAUGAUUGGUAGUUUUGAGCCCGGCACACCAAGAGGAGUUCCGCGGGUUCUCAUACUCGAUCGAUGA